AUGCGACCCCUAUUCUUAAUACUGCUAUUCGGAACAUGUGUCGGGUGCUCCAGAAUCUCUCAGGAUGCCAAUGAAGACCUGCAGAAGACAUGUGGAUUGAGUCCAUCCGACCGCCAAUUCCCGUGGGCCGUGCUAAUCCAUACCAAAGUGCACAAGACUAUCAACGGAGUGAAAAGAUCAUCAACCACAGUUAUGCCAGCCACCAUCAUCUCUCCUUCCCAUAUUCUUACCUCCAACUCCAUCCGUUUUGUGAACAACUCUCUCAGUGUCUACGGAUUCGAAUCGAUGAACACAAAUGGUACCUGCGAGGGAGAGAACUUGGUUAUAAUAGAAGGAGAUCUCCAUAGUCGAUUCCAGAUCAAUUUUGAGUACUAUAAGGCGCUUAAAGACGGUCAACUCCAAGAUUUGGUGUCGAGAAUUAUUGUUCCACGAGGGUGUAAUAACCAACUGGAUUCGGCACGAGUUAUGAUAUUGGAACUGAAGGAAAACAUCACUUUCACCGAAAAUGUUGGAGCAGCAUGCCUCUCAAACUCAGUAAACCAUUGGUUGGUAGCUGAACAGGUCCCGGUGUACGGUAUCAAUUCGAGCGCGGUAUUUGAAAAUGUACAGUACUCUCCAGUCAACUGUACCACCGUCAGUGAACCCUACAUGUGCGCCAGGAAAAUUGAGGAGACAAAACGCUCGUGCACGGGAGACUACGGUGGCAACGCUGUGUCAGAAGUGAACGGACGGCACACAAUUCUUGGAAUCUUUGUGAUGGCGAACCACAAUUGCCAUCCGGGGAAUCCUGACUACCAGUUUGUGGAUGUCUCGUACUACCGUGAAGCGAUUUGUGAGACCACCGGGGUUUGUGUGGCUCCGCCCCCUCCAACAACUUCUGGAUUGACGACAUCUGUGCCUACAGAAGCUCCAAUUGAUGAAUCUACGACUGUGCCAUCAACUACGACAGGAACCUCUUUGGCUCCGUCUACAACUGGAUACAGCACAAGAGCUCCUACCAUGAGCACUGUGGCGCCGACGACCUCUGGUUACACCUCUGAAACGAUCCGCGCUGAACUUUUCCCACCAAUGAAAUUGAAUAAUAGUGAGGACCACCAUGCUUCAAGAAUUGAGCCACAGAACCUCAUUGACCUCAAUAUUCAUGUUUACUUGGAAUAA